UCUUCUAUAUUUUCAGUCUUAGAAACUACUUAUAAAUUGUUUCAGCGUCCAUCAUAUUCAUCUGCAUAUAGAUUUGCAUCUAUACUUCUGAACAUCCUGAACUGAACUGCAACUUUUCGGUACUUGGCACUUUCAUACUUCAAGAGGAAAAAUGGCAUCUUUAGCUACAGCUGACAUCUGUGACGCACAUAUUCCUCUUUUAAACAACGGAGAUGUUCGUGUUCUGCAACCAAUUUUUCAGAGCUAUGGCACGUGUCGAGCCUUCUCAGGCCCUAUCGUGACUCUCAAGGUGUUUGAAGACAACGUGAUGGUCCGAGAGCUUCUGGAGACCAAAGGCGAAGGCAGAGUACUCGUCGUGCAUGGCGGGGGCAGCAUGAGAUGUGCCUUGGUAGGAGGCAAUUUGGGACAAUUGGCUCAGAAUAUGGGGUGGGCUGGUAUUGUGGUUAAUGGAUGCAUCAGAGACGUGGAUGAGAUCAACAGCUGUGAUAUCGGGGUUAAAGCAUUGGCAACACAUCCGCGGAAAUCAAACAGAAGAGGCGUUGGGGAGAAGAACGUUGUGGUGCAUAUCGCAGGGACGAUCAUUCAUGAUGGGGAGUGGUUAUAUGCAGACGGUGAUGGCAUUCUCAUCUCCAAAACCGAGCUCUCUGUUAAAGUAAGGUCAUUAUUGUAAGAGUUGUGAUUUGGGUGAAAUGAGAUCAUUGUGAAUUUAGGCAAUUUACAGGUGGUUGUUGAGGAUAUGGUAUAUUGGUAUUAGUAUUACCAUCAUGUUCCUCGCUGGCUUUUUGACUUUCAUUUCAACACUUAUUCACUUCUUUUACUCCCUC